GGCAUGUGUCGAAGCCUUCCCGACCCGGCCCGGCCGGGCCCGCCCCAAUAAAGCCUCCCGCGGCCGGACGCUGCCCCUCCCGGGGCCCACCUCCCGCCCUGUCCCGCCCCGGACCCCCGGAGGGAGGUCUGUCUGUCUCCCCGGAGGCCUCCCCGGAGGCGGCGGAGGGGCGAUGCUCCCCCGGGCUGUGUCCGGGGCCGGUGCCCCCGGGGCCGGAGCCCCCGGCGGGGCUGCCCCGUGCCCCCGCUGGGCGCUGGUGGGCUCGUCCUCGGCGCUGCUCGACCUGCCCGCCGCCCCGGGCUUCGGGACCCUGGGCAGGAGCUUCCUCAUCGACAACUUGCUGCGGGCGGGCGGCGGGACCGGCCCCGCGCCCCGAGGCCCCCCGAAGCCGGGACCCCCCCCGGCCCCGCCGCCCCCCGGGCCCGCCCCCGGCCCGUCGGGGAGCCCGCCCUUCGCGACCCGCUGGGCUCUGCAACUGCUGCCCGCGGGGCCCGGCCCGGCCGGGGACGGCCCGAGGCUCUCCGGGCCCCCGCACCGCGACCCGCACCGGCCCCCGCACCGGCCCCCGCACCGCCCGGGAGGCCUCUUCCCCACGGAAGACCCAGCUCCUUCCAAACCUUUUUUUCUGAGAGCCCUGCCAUUCUACUCAGCAUGCUGCCGUGGGUUCUGUCACCGCCCUGCCUCCCCCACUGCUUUUCCAAGAGAAGAGAGCAUGCUGCCUCUCCUGACACCAGACUCUACCUCCAAAGCACGAAGGGGGAUUUUAAGAAGAGCUGUCUUUUCUGAAGAACAGAGAAAAGCCCUGGAGAAAAUGUUUCAGAAGCAGAAGUAUAUCAGCAAAACAGACCGAAAGAAACUGGCCAUCACUUUGGGAUUGAAGGAGGCACAGGUGAAAAUUUGGUUUCAAAACAGAAGGAUGAAAUGGCGAAACUCCAAAGAGAAAGAAGUGCUUUCCAAUAAAUGUAUCCAAGAAGAAGGCCUCCAAGAAAAACAUGUCUCAAGGUCUGCCUUGAGUUUUACUUCUCCGUGCCCAACAGUAUGGGAAGUGUCUCAACAAGAGUCAAAUUCAAAAUGGAGGGAGAAUUCACCAGAAACUUCUGAAAGACUGAAUCACGAGGAUUCAAUGCAGCCCUCUCAACAUGAAAAUUCACUUCAAAGUGCUUUAUAUCUGUACUCUGAAGAGGGCACUGGAGACAAGGGAAUUGCUACAGCCGUUUAAAAGAAUAACAAAGUUCUGUACUUUGCUUAAGGUAUACAGACUUGAAAUGGGUACUCUUGUUAAACUAACAAUGUUGCAACACUCUAAAUAAAAUUAUUUUGUUUGUUUAAACCUAACACCAUUAAAAUGAUAUGAGAACUAAUGCUUUAAGAAAAUUCCUUAGCAUUCAUUUUAUCAUGUUUUUUUCUGGUCUCAAUCUGAAUUUUUAACUGAAAUUGAAACUUUUCAGGACAAUAAAUGAAGUGAAGAAGGCAUAUUUAAAUUCCA